CUGAACAUGAGCCUAGGUGUGCAGAUGGAAUGAUAUCCAGAAAAGGCAGCGUGGAUGGUGAGACGGCAGCCGAACGAUCGGGAAAGCGCCUGCUCCCCCCCGGAUCACCAACAGGCUUCUGCUCUCCUCGGCCCUUACGCGCCAGCCAAUCCAGUGACAUCGGAGCUUUCUGCCUCUGAUGCACAAAACGGUAUAGCUGACAAUGACAACAUUACUCUGGCCGCCCAUUCCGCCCGAGGAUCUGGCCCGCGAAGAGCAGGAAACACUUGCUAGCGAGUUGGAAUGGCUUCUGGGAUCGCUGCAGGACACGCUCAAGUCCCUGAAAGAAGGGUUGGAAGAGUGCGCUGAAUUGCUUGCGCCCAAAGAACCGGGCUCGACGCUUGUGCUAUCAUCCCUCAGAUCAGAGAGUCUGAAAGGGUUCAUCACGCGAGUGGGCACGCGCAUAGUCAAGGGCGAUGUGCAGCUGCGACUGCCAUCUCUGCCACCGCCAAAAGGUCAGAGCAGCUACAAGCUGACAAUCUCUUCUCUACCAACCGCGCCAACUAUCGUGCUCGAGCAACUGACCACAGCACGAACACUCAUCAACGCGUGUCUGGAUGUGGUCGACGCUACACUAUGGACAGGCGACAGCACGAACGCGGACUUCAUUUCUGGACAACUGCGACUGCUGCAUGGCAACAUUGAGGAAGCUAAGAACUCCUUGAAAGGAUGGACAGAGAGCCAGAAGCCGUGGCAUGAGGUGCCGCUAGACGAAAACGCCUUCAAUCCACCUCUCCCCGCCUACGUGUCCUUCCACCUGUCCAUAUCCGAAGCCGCGGUUCUGCUCAACGUCCGAACGCUCGAACUUGCCGAUCCACAUACGGGCACAAACACGCCUUUAGGCAUUCCGGGGUCAUCGUUCAGUGGCUUCGGUCUGCGCGAAAGACUUGCCACCGCGCUGGGAGGGCCUAGGCAGGCUGGUCACGAUGAGGCGCACGAAGUCUUCACAUACAAAGGUCAAGAGGUUCGCGUGCGAGACAAAGUAAGGAUCGAAUCGCAAGAUCCAAGCCUGAUGGCAGCAAUGGCCAAACUUGGAGCUUUGGAGCGGAAUGUUGCAUUGUCAAGACGAGCACUGGAUGUGGUCAUGGGCAAAGAUCAGGAAGAUGUGUGAGAAGAUUGGUUCGCUGUACGGCGCACAAGGAUAUCUACAAGCCAAAGAUACUGAUAUGCUAUCAAAACCCAUCUCCACGGCAUGUCUGGGUCUCGUCUGUUUCUCCACGGUCGGGCCACAAAGAAACCACGUGCUAGCGGGCUUCUCCGGAUUUCCGUCCACGGCGCCGAUAACGCAACUCGAAGAUUAU